AUGUCCGACUCUUUCACAAGCUCCUCGUACUAUUACAGUUCCACAAUAAACGGCAACGACGGCAAGACUACAACCGGACACCGGUAUUCAACAACUUCAUACACCAAACCCGACGGUACAACAAUCGUACGUACCGCCCAGCAAGACUUAGGCCAACCAGCAAUCGUUGAAGAACGGCACUACGACAACACAGGGCAGGAACAGCUGGCUUUACCUGGACCGGUAGGUGGUACAUCUGCAGGUGGAGUACGACGCAUCACCGACCUAGAGGAUGAUGUUUCAUGUUCCCAAAAUUCCCCACCCCAAAGUUCCACGCCCAAUGUCCUUGCUGAUAUUGGGGGUGCGGCGGCUCAGCUCUUGGAUGGGGACGGGGAGGACGAUUCGUUUAAUUUGGCUUCUUCACCGCUGGGGUCUAGGGUUUAUGACCCCGUGACCGGCACUUAUAACGACCAACCUGAGUAUGAUAUCGGUGGAGUUACUAGGCGUCACAAGGAUAUGAAGGAUGCCGGUGGUCGUAGGCUCGGACGGGAUGUGGAUUUUGCUGCGGAUGGCCUCUCGUCUUCGGCGAGGGAGAACCGCGCGUAUGAAAAUCCUAGUACAGGCAACAGGCUGCGGAGAGAGAGUGACGUGGAUGUUAAGAAUGUAUUUUAG